AAUGCCAUUUUUGUCUCGUCAGUUUGAAUAUAUGUAAAUAUAUUUAAUAUUUAUGUAAAAAUACAUAAAAUACAACACAAACGUUAUCUAGAUUAUAGUGUUAACUAUAGCAAACUAAGUCAGAUGUGGCCACUAGAGGUGCAGGCAAAUAUUUUUAUAUCACACAGCAAACUUAACAGGACACACGUAAAAACAGACAGACCUUCACUUUUUGUGCACCUUUGAAACUGGAGGCAGGGCAUAGCCCCUCCCUCCAUGUUUCCAUGGCAACCCUGUCAGGGUGGAGGAGAGCAGCGAAUCCUGUGAGGGUCGAGCAUCUCUCUCUCUCUCUCUCUCUUGGUCUCUCUCUCUGCAGAAUGGUCCAGGCUGCAUUGGAAAGCAUUCCAGAGAGCUCAUCAGACUCGUCCUUCAUUAAUUCAUCUGUCUCCUCGCUUUUCUCCUUCAAAGCAUCACGCUUCAGAAAGAGAGCUGUGUUCAUGCCAAAAUGGGAUGCGGAAAUUCCUCAGCCACCAGCACAACAGCGGGAGGUCCUGCAGAAGCAGUCAAAGAUGUGACAGAAGAACCAUCCCCAGAUGAGGAGAAACGAAGGAACUAUGGAGGUGUGUAUGUGGGGCUUCCCGCUGACCUGACCACAGCUGCUAACCAAUCAAAAUCAACAUGUAAAGUCUAACAGCAGAUCAAAUGAAACCACAAAGGUUUCUUUAGGAUUAAAGCUAUGCAGUCGCUGUAUGUGAAGAGAUGGACUUCUUUAAUGUCAGCAGACGGGAUUACCAAGAACAGAGCUGUUUUUGGAAGCGCAACGAGAAGCGAUCGAGCCGUAAUGACAUCACAGUGACAUCACGACGGCCGGCACACAGAGGCUUCUGUUUGGAACACUGAGCAUCAUUGUGACUUUGAGUGUAGAUUCUGUUGCCAUGGGGACCGUCGCCAUCUGACCUCUCAUCAGUAACGUGGCGACAGUUACCCGGGAUGAUUUUCUGGCAUUUGGAUUCACGGUGGCAGAACCGAUCUGCAGAAUCAGAAUAAAGAGAAAUUCAGACAGGGUGUCUAAAUAUUUUACAUUGUGUAAAGUUGGUGGUCUGGCUUAGCUGUAAUAUUGAGCAGUAAGAUGACUGGAGGUCUGUCGUCAUGACUACUAAAAUCAUAUUUCAUGCUCUAUCAUGGCCAAAUAGACAUAAAUGACAUUAAUGGACUGUAGUUUUUUCUAACACUCUUUGAUAAUCACCUAACUAUUGUUAUAAACGACUUAUUUACGUAUCUAAGAGUACCUAUAUUUAUUCUCUUUCUUAAAACUGUUUCAGGUUAGUGACCUGUGAUUGUACUAUUAUUAGCAUUUUAUGUGUAUGUGAAUUAUGUAAAUUAAAUACACUUUUAUCAAAAUUGAAUAGAUCUCUUCUAUUUAACUCAAGUUUGGAUAUCAUAUUGUGACAUUAGAGGUUCUUCUGAUUAUGGUUUUGCAUUCCGGUUUCUGUAAAACACCAGCGCAUGUUUUUUUUGGAGAACUGGAGAAUGAAAAACCUUUUGAUAUUGAAAUCUUUAUGAGGGUUGCAAACUGUAAAGUACAGUCAUAAAUGAGUGUUUCUGGGGUGGAAAAACACAGAAAGAGUUUGAUGAUGACAUUCGAUGGAAAUUCUGAUGGAAUGACUUUUAAUCAUAUGUGAUUACAGUGUUAAAAUCCU